AUGUCGAACACAUCUAUACCGCGCAACUUCAGCCUCCGCAACGUCAACAGUGAGUACAACCCGCCGCCGGCCAAAGAUGCUGCUAAGUUUAAAAGAACUGUGGCAGCUUCUAAAGCUCUGCAGAGAAAAUUUCGCCUAACCCGUGGCACAGCAAGCAAACCCCAACUCCAUCGCACAGAGUCCCGACAGUCAGCUGCUGCGUCGGACGACUACUACUCUUUCUCUGAACGGGGUGCUUCGUCAAGCCCCGAAAGCCGUGUAACUGCCAUGCGCUUUACCACUCCAGACUCGCAGCCGUCAUCCACGGCUUCAUCACCCACAGUUCCUAGGACACAGCAGCCCCAAGCCGUGGCUCAACCGCCUCGUCGGCACAACCCAGACCCUCAAGACCUGGGGUCUCCACGUCCGCCAACGACCAGCACCGUUCGCUUUGGAGAGGACAGUAUCGCGCGCAUUAGCCCCAAGUCCGAUGAGACUGUGCGACGUGUACCCAGUGAAUACGCCGGUCCAGCACCAACUCCUGGCUUGGACGACUCUCCAUAUGUCCGAUUCGCGAUUGACCAGCUUACCCGUGAUGAACAAGUCCAUGGCCCUCGGAGACAGGACUCUGUUUCGACAAGGGAAAGCGACUACAAUGAGGAACGCCUAGUCUGGGACGAGGGGUUGGGUUAUUUCACCCGGGCACGCACUCCUAUCCGACACACCCCGACGCCUUUGCCUGAACGUCCCAAGUACAAGUCCCCAUCACCACAGGCCCUGCCGCAACGACCAGACUCCAUUGACCCCGAGUCAUUCGUGGCCGUUGAUCCCCCGGAAGAUGACCUGCUGUAUCCGCCUCUGGACUAUCUCCCUAUCGCCCUCCGGCCGUUGACCCUGCUGGCGGUCACCUUUUGCUGUCUGCUCAUGAUCGCGGGCAUUGUGUUCUGCAAUGUCUGGUCUAAUCGACAUGAUGGUAUCUGGGCGUACGAUGGCCAGAGCAGUGCUCGGUAUUUUGUGAUGCAGUUUCUUCCGCAAAUCCUGGCGGCUCCGAUUAUGAUCCUGACCUUUAUUGUGCAAGCGGCCGUCUAUCGCAUAGCUCCAUUCGCCAUGAUGGCAGCAGAACGCAAACGAGGCUAUGUGUUGCAGGGCCUGCCCAUUAUUCCGCGCAACUUCGUCUUCCCUGACUUCUCGCAUUUCCGCUACGGCGAGCCUCUGUUCGGAUUCUCGCAUUGUGCCAUCUGGCUAUCCAACUUCUUCUCGAUCCCGUUGAUCAGCUGUUUGUUUCAGGCCAAGUACUAUGUCGUCGAUGGUCAGGGUCUGUGGAAGUGGACCUCGGUGCAAGCAAUUGGCUGGACCUUGGUGGCUUCGUAUGGUCUGUUGACCAUCGGCCUGCUUCUCCUCGUCGUUCGCUUUAUCCCAGGAUGGACUGGACUGAUGUGGGAUCCAGUCUGCCUUGCGGACCUCAUCUCGAUCAUCCAGCGGUCCAAUAUUCUCCACGACUACGAGCACUCCGAGACAGUUCCCUCAGUCAAAGAGUCUCUGGACCCCCGCGUCCUCCGCCUUGGCUACUGGAAGCUAUCCAUGAAGCCCGAAGUGUUCUACGGAAUCGGCGAGGUCGACGCUCCCAUCCGCACACCAUCGCUGCAUCAAACUGAGAAGACCAAAGAGAAGCAGCCUCACGGACUUGCCAAAGUGUGCUUCGACCUCGAGCACGCCGGCGCCUUUGCCAACGACCCCUUCGACCACCACUUGUACUCGCCUUUCACUCGCUACCGAUGGACCCCGUGGUUCCUGCGCAAGCCCUCCAUCAUUAUCUGGACCAUCAUCGUCUUUGCCCUCUUCAUCGCCUUUGUUGCCGUCAGCUUCAUCGACAACGCGAUAAAAGGCGGAUUCCCCCCUAAGUUGCCCACACUCCCCUCUGUCAGCGCAUUCUCCUCCUCCAACUUCCUCUACAGCUUUGUCCCCGCCCUGAUUGGCAACUUCCUCUUCCUCGCCUGGCAGCCCGUUGAUCUCUACUUCCGCGCUCUGCAACCGUUUGAGGAGCUCUCGGCUCCCAGUGGUGCCUCAGCAGACAAAUCCAUCCUCCUCUCCUACCCAUCCUCUCUCCCACUUCAAAUCACUAUGCAAGCCAUCAUUAACGGCCACUUCAAAGUCGCCUGGAUCUCAUUCAUGAGCAUCGUCUUCAUCGCAAUCCCGAUUCUUUCAGGCGGCGUUUUCAUUGCAUUGUGGUAUCCAUCUCACCAAGACGUCCGCAUCUCCUCGCUAAUGCCGGCCUUCUACUCCCUCAUCGCCUUCUGCGCCUUGUACGCUGUCUCAUUCCUAGCCAUCUGGCCCGGUCGUCGUCGCCACUUGCCGCACGAUAUCACAACUCUCGCGGACCUGAUGAGCUAUUUCUACCAGUCCCCUCUGCUUGCCGAUAAGCUCCUACGUGAACCACGCAGCAAGACGGAUCUCGUGACCAGACUUAUCGUCGCGCCUCCCUCGGAGCGCCUUCUGCCAAUGUACGGCUUUGGAAUAUAUGUCGGUCGUGACGGCAAGGAACAUCUCGGUAUCGACCGCUUUCACCGGCCUGGUCGGACGGAUAUGUUGAUCACGACGGGGUCGAUGAAAUAA